AUGGCUGCAACCAUUGAACGCCAGCAUGACUAUGUGUUCACCCCACCAAGUGUGGAGGAACGUCUACGUCAAGCGGCCGGCCAAACAUUGGCAACGUGGGUCAUUGUCCAUGGGCCUAAGACUCCUGAGGAGGUUGUGAGCUGCCAGGCACUUCGCGAGAGGUACCUGAUGCCGCACCUAACGACUCAAAGUCAAUACAAGGCACGCCUUGACAUGCAAGCGCGUGGUACACCGGUUCCACCGAUCAAGGGUAUACCCAUUCUCUUGUUCGCAGGCGAAACAGUGAGCGAAGAAGACGAUGCCUUUGUUCACUGGGUGCACUAUCUUCGGUAUGAUUAUGCCAAGCUUAAGGCCAGAGGCCAAUUGCGCAAGCGCACGCGCUAUGCUUCGGCUACUAAGGUAGCCGCGAGUGCUGGUCAGUCUGUGGCCAGCAACCCGCCAACCCGCACCACUAGUGGUGGGGAACGGCCUCGGCCUCGAGACGACCAUGGCCACGAUGCUUAA